GUGAAAAACUGUAAAUAAAAUUAUUCAACCAGAGAAAUAUACUAUAGAAUCAAAUAUCCUUUUCAACUUCUAAUUGUUAAUAAUUAACUUUUGUAAACGUUAAAAGUUUUUGACAAGCCUUUAAGAUGCGUCCUCCAAUUUUAUUGCUUAAAGAAGGAACUGAAGAUAGUCAAGGCAAAUCUCAACUGUUAUCUAACAUCACUGCUUGUCAAGCAGUUGUUGAAGCUGUUCGAACAACUUUAGGCCCACGUGGAAUGGAUAAGUUAAUAGUUGAUAGUCGCGGUACUGCAACUAUUUCAAAUGAUGGUGCAACAAUCAUGAAAAUAUCUGACAUUAUUCAUCCAGCAGCAAAAACUCUUGUUGAUAUUGCUAAGUCACAAGAUGCUGAAGUUGGUGAUGGUACCACUAGUGUAGUUUUACUAGCAGGAGAAUUCUUGAAACAGGUUAAACCUUAUGUUGAAGAAGGAGUUCAUCCCAGAAUUAUUAUUAAAGCAUUACGUAAAGCUUUAAAAAUUGCACAAGACAGAAUUGAUCAAAUUGCUUUUAAAAUGAAAUUUAAUAAUGAUGAAGAAUAUCGAACUUUUCUUCAAAAGUGUGCAGCUACUGCACUUAAUUCAAAGCUUAUUCAUCAAGAAAAAGAAUUUUUUUCUAAAAUUGCUGUUGAUGCAGUAUUAUUAUUAGAUGAAUUAUUGCCAUUAAAUAUGAUUGGUAUUAAAAAAGUUCAAGGUGGUGGAUUGCAGGAUUCACAACUUAUUACUGGUGUAUCAUUUAAAAAAACAUUUUCAUAUGCUGGAUUUGAAAUGCAGCCUAAACAUUAUAAAUCUCCUAAAAUUGCAUUGCUUAAUAUUGAGCUUGAAUUGAAGGCUGAACGUUCAAAUGCUGAAGUCAGAGUUAACACAGUUGAGGAGUUCCAAAAAGUAGUUGAUACUGAAUGGAAUAUUUUGUAUGAGAAACUUGAACACAUUUACAAAAGUGGAGCUCAAGUUGUCCUGUCUAAACUACCGAUUGGUGAUGUUGCCACUCAAUAUUUUGCUGACAGAGACAUGUUCUGUGCUGGCCGUGUUGUUGAUGAAGAUUUAAAGCGAACAAUGAAAGCAUGUGGUGGUGUUAUUGUGGCUACAACAUAUGAUUUAAAUGAUUCUGUACUCGGUAAAUGUGAAUCAUUUGAAGAAAAACAAAUUGGAGGGGAUAGAUUCAACGUGUUUUCCGGAUGUCCUAAUGCUAAAGCUUGUACCAUAAUUUUGCGUGGUGGUGGUGAACAUUUACUAGAUGAAACUGAACGUUCAUUACAUGAUGCUAUUAUGAUUGUUCGAAGAACUGUUAAAAAUGACUCCAUUGUAGCUGGUGGUGGUGCUAUUGAAAUGGAAUUAAGUAAAGUACUACGUGAUUAUUCUAGAUCAAUAGCUGGUAAAGAACAACUGAUUGUAGCUGCGAUUGCUAAAUCCUUGGAAAUCAUCCCUAGGCAAUUGUGCGAUAACGCUGGUUUUGAUGCAACAAAUAUAUUGAACAAAUUACGUCAAAAACAUGCUCAAGGUGGUGAAGCAUUUGGUGUUGAUAUUAAUCGGGAACAUGUAGUCGAUAAUUUUGAAAAUUGUGUUUGGGAACCUGUGAUUAUUAAGAAGAAUGCUUUAGCAGCUGCUAUUGAAGCUGCUUGUCUUAUACUGUCAGUUGAUCAAACAAUUAAAAAUCCCAAGUCUGGUGGUGGUGAAGAACAACAACCUGGACGUGGACGUGGAAGACCUAUGUAAUGGUUUUAAUUGUAUUCAAGAGUUAUAUUCAUAAUGUUUAUUAAUACUUUUUGUAUAAGUUUUUUAUAUUUUAUAUGCUUAUA